CUCUCUCUAAUAGUUGGUGAACACCAGCUGACAGGGCACAAAGUGGCAGUGAAAAUACUGAACAGGCAGAAAAUCCGCAGCCUGGAUGUGGUGGGGAAGAUCAAACGAGAAAUUCAAAACCUGAAACUCUUCCGGCACCCUCACAUUAUCAAACUGUACCAGGUCAUCAGCACACCAACAGAUUUCUUCAUGGUGAUGGAAUACGUGUCCGGGGGUGAAUUGUUUGAUUACAUCUGUAAGCACGGACGUGUGGAGGAGGCAGAAGCUCGACGCCUUUUCCAGCAGAUCCUCUCUGCAGUGGAUUACUGCCACAGGCACAUGGUGGUGCACAGGGACCUGAAGCCAGAGAACGUGCUGCUGGAUGCACACAUGAAUGCAAAGAUAGCUGAUUUCGGACUGUCCAACAUGAUGUCAGAUGGUGAAUUUCUACGCACCAGCUGUGGUUCCCCAAAUUAUGCAGCCCCUGAAGUCAUCUCUGGAAGGCUCUAUGCUGGCCCAGAGGUGGACAUCUGGAGCUGUGGUGUCAUCCUCUACGCCCUCCUGUGUGGCACUCUGCCUUUUGACGACGAGCACGUCCCCACCCUGUUCAAGAAGAUCCGUGGGGGAGUGUUUUACAUCCCUGAAUACCUCAACCGCUCCGUGGCCACGCUUCUCAUGCACAUGCUGCAGGUGGACCCCCUCAAGAGAGCCACCAUCAAGGACAUCAGGGAACACGAGUGGUUCAAGGAGGAGCUGCCCAGUUACCUGUUCCCGGAGGACCCUUCCUACGACGCCACGGUCAUCGACGACGAGGCGGUGCGGGAGGUGUGCGAGAAGUUCGAGUGCACGGAGUCGGAGGUGAUGAACAGCCUGUACAGCGGCGACCCCCAGGACCAGCUGGCCGUGGCCUACCACCUGGUCAUCGACAACCGCCGCAUCAUGAACCAGGCCAGCGAGUUCUACCUGGCCUCCAGCCCCCCCACCGGCUCCUUCAUGGACGACAGCGCCCUGCACAUCCCUCCGGGCGUGAAGCCGCACCCCGAGCGGAUGCCGCCGCUCGUCGCUGACAGCCCCAAGGCCCGCUGUCCCCUGGACGCCCUCAACACCACCAAGCCAAAGCCCCUGACUGUCAAAAAGGCCAAGUGGCACCUGGGGAUCCGCAGCCAGAGCAAGCCCUACGACAUCAUGGCCGAGGUGUACCGGGCCAUGAAGCAGCUGGACUUCGAGUGGAAGGUGGUGAACGCCUACCACCUGCGGGUGCGCCGCAAGAACCCCGUGACCGGCAACUACGUGAAGAUGAGCCUGCAGCUCUACCAGGUGGACAACCGCAGCUAUCUGCUGGACUUCAAAAGCAUUGAUGACGAGGUGAUGGAGCAGAGGUCUGGCUCCUCCACGCCCCAGCGCUCCUGCUCGGCCGCAGGCUUGCACCGGCCGCGCCUGAGCAUCGACGCGGCCGCGGCCACCGAGUGCCAGUCUCUGAUGGGCUCCCUGAGCGGCUCCUUCGUGGGCAGCAUCCCCUCGGUGCCCCCUCGCCUGGGCAGCCACACCAUGGACUUCUUCGAGAUGUGUGCCAGCCUCAUCAUGGCCCUGGCCCGCUGAUGGCGCCGGCCCCUCUGCGCACUGUGAGGAUCUGCGCUGACUCGUCCUCCCCCUCCUUUCUCUUGCUUCCUUGUUCUUCCUCCUCCUCCCCUCACUGCCCCCACAGAGCCAAGUCCAGACCCAAAACAUGCUCCCCUCUAGCAAGGCACCAAGGAAAUUAACUUCAUACCUCUCCUGGUGCCUGGUGAAAUGUAUCCAAUACCCUUUUUUUUUUUUUUCUUUCCGUGUGAACCCCAUGGGAAAUGUUAAGGCUGUAAAGUAACAAACGUUAUCACUGAGUUUUUGGAAAACACCUCGCCCCUGGUUCAUCCUGAGGUAAUGAAGGCAUAGCCACGCUUCCUGCAGGGAGUUUGAUGUUUCCCUGAUGCUGGGCUGAGCCAGGGCAGAGGGGUUGACCGGGAGCUCUGUGAGAUGGAGCGGAGGGUGAUGAAGCAGCUUUGCAGUGUUCACACCCAGGUGCCAGCCUCUCUAACAGUUUUCUCCCCAAAGCAGCAGCUGCUUAGAUGCUUCUGCACUAGUGCAAUAUGACCUCCCUCCCCUCUCUUUUUCCCCCUGCUGAAGAUGGGCAGGGAAGGUGGGAUGUGCAAAGGUCCUGGUGCAAACCUGCUGUGGUGGGGAGGCCAGUCUUUGCAGAGGAGUGUCCCUAAGGUGCAGUCUUGGUCCCUGUCCACUCUUUGCAGAGGAGUGUCCCUAAGGUGCAGUCUUGGUCCCUGUCCACUCUUUGCAGAGGAGUGUCCCUAAGGUGCAGUCUUGGUCCCUGUCCACUCUUUGCAGAGGAGUAUCCCUAAGGUGCUUUAUUUUGCCCAAGGGCUCCGGACAGCACUGACCUGCUCGCCACGCUCGGAGCUGAAGGCAGGUUGCCUUUUUCUCACCUCCCUCCAGCCUGCUCCCCCUCCCCUGCCUUGCCAGGGGCUCCAGGGGCUGAAUCCCAAGCAGGGUUCAGGUGAGCAGGGGACAGGAUCUGGAUCACCCACCUGAGAACCCGGCGCUUCCCCCGAGGGUUGGGAUCAUCCCUGAUGGGCAGGAGCCAUCAGCAGCGCACAGCUCCGGAGCACUCACCUCUCACCUUUCCCCUAGGAAUCUCUGCCUGUUGUCACCUCCCCAAAAUCACUGCCAAAUCUGCCUUCCCUGCUGCUGGACACUCACUGCCCCUGCCCAAGGGCUCUCCCAUCCUGCUGCUGCCCACUGGACUGUGACCUUCGCUGCUCCGCUGACCAGGCAGGGAUAUCCCAACAUGGAAUUUUACUGUUCCUUUGCUACUGGCUAUCAGAAGGAUGGGAUUUUAUUUUUUAAGAUGAACUGCGGGGAUUUUUAAGGUUAAAUUCUUGUUACCCAAGGGUAAACCCUAAUGCAUGUGUGACUUCUUUGUUUAAAAGAGUUAUUAUUUUUUGUUACAUGGGAUUAAUCUAAUAGGCAGCGUUGGCAUCUGCUUGGCUUUGACAUGGUAUUUAAUUCCAUUUACUUGAUUAUGAAGUAAUAGUCUAAUCAAGGAACAAAAGCUUUAUGAAAGCUUUGCCAAAAAAUUGUUGGAUGGGGGGUUUGGUUUUGUUCUGUUUGGUUUUUUUUUGGGUUUUUUUUUUUUUUUUUUUUUUUUGUGUACUGUUUUAAGAAACAAAGCAAAGAACUUUUGCUAGUCCCAGGUAUGCAGUCAUUCAACUUGAAAAAAAUGUAAUCUGUCUUUUUGAUAUCUUCUUAUGACCCCUUGAGGUUUUUUCCUAGGGUUUUUUUUUGUACAGUUGCACUUUAAUUUAUACUUUCUGCAAGUUUGUAUGAGAAGCAAGGAAGAGAACAACAAAUUAAGCCUUUUUUACGAAUCAUUUAAGGUAAUCAAGACAAACACGGGAUAUUUUUGCCAUCUACUGGCAGUUAAAUGGACCUAUUCAGUUUGAAGUCCCUUUUUUAAAAAAAGAACCACAAAAUUGCCUUACUUUUGUUACAGAUUGUGCUUGGAUCCUCACUAACGUGACUUUACAGCUGCAAUUUUUCCAGAAGCCGCACAAAGUAGAAAGAUUCCAAAAAAAAAAAAAAAAGAAAGAAAAGAAAAAUCAGUUUUGCUGUUAAGCUCUUGAACACUAAAUCCAACACAGCAGUGGUUGGACUGUAAGAGAUACUGGAAAUAUUUGUAGUGCUCCUAGGUUUUGUAAUGAGCCUUUUAUUACAUUAUGGUUAUUAAAUAAAUACUCUGGGGUGAGGAUGGCUUUGGUGCUGUGCCUGGUGGCUGCCAGGUGAUUCGUGUCCCCAGUGCUGUGGUGUGAGUUUGGAUGGAGAAUCCAAACUCCUGCAUGCAAAAAAAAAAAAAAAAAAAAAAAAAAAAAAAAAAAAAAGAAAAAAACCCAAACCCCACCCCAGAGUCAAAGCUGAGGAGCACCCAGCCCUUCAGCAGCUUUUGGAUCAAGGCUGAGAUGAGCAAAGAGCCCUGAAUGGUUUGGGGUGAUGGGGAUAAACCCCUUUGCAAAGGAGUAGGAGCAGCUGCAGGGCCAGGCAUUAAUUUCCAUUCAGGAAGCAGCAAUGAGUGAAAUGUAUUUCAAAUGUUAAAGGCUUCUCAAAUCUUCACUCCCAGCUGAGCAUCUUGCCAAGUCCUGGCAGCACCUGUAGCCCCCUUGAUAAGGGGCUGGUGUGUUACAGUCUGGGGCUCAGGAGCAGGUAGACUUUUGUCCUCUGGGAUUUCCUACCCAGCAGAACUAAUAGUAUUAAGCAGCAGCAAAUGCCCUUGGGAGGAAAUACUUGCUUCCUGGAGGCGGGUGGGAUUUCUAGGUUGUAGAAUAAGCCCCUUGUGGCACUUGGCAUCUUCUCCGACCCGUGCAAACAUUAACUGCUGUGUGGAUCUGCAAAACCAGUCCUGCCUGGAGGGAGGGCAGUCAGUUACUCAGCUUUCCAUAUGGAGAGACACAAAGAGAUGAAGCACUUCCCAGCUCAGGGUCAGCAGAGGCAGUGGAGGGAGCAGGACUGGUGGAAGCACACCCUCAGUGACCACAUCGGACUGAACGGUCCAUCACAGCCUCGCCCAAGUCCGUGCUGCACUUUGGAACACUCUGAGGACUUUCACUUAUUUUUAUUAUUUAUUUUACCUUCAAACAGGCUGUGUUCUAUUUCCCAGCUGCAGAGGAGCUGCUGACCUCCAGUUAAAUUUUCCAGAGGAAGAGUUUAACUUCCACACUGUUACACUGUGGUCAGCUCUUUUUGAGUUAUGCUGGUACAUGCACAAGCGUCGGGAAAAGCAGGGUAGAUGAUAUUUGAACUACAGAAACUUGAAUUACUCCAAGUGCAAUUCUUCAGAAGCCACUGAACAGCUGUGCUUUGCAAGCCACAAGCUCACCCGAAUUUCGCUUCAGCCCGAGGGGGCGAGAGACAAAAUGCAAAGGAUGAAGAGUUCAGAUAGGCUCCAACAGAAACCUCCAGCUCCUGGAUGAGUUAAUUCAGAAAUACCUUGUGUUGGAAGCUAUAUAUAUGUAAAUAUUAUAUAUGCAUACAAGCAUAUAUAUAAAAUGUAGGUGGCAUCCCUGUCACUGACCUCUCAGUUUUAUUCUUCCAGCAGGGCAGGUGUGUGCCCUGGACACUGCCACCCUCACUAAUCCCAGCCUCUGAGAGGACCUGGACAAAGGGAAUGCUAUUUUUACACCCUCUUUUAGGUAAAGCCCAUGAGUAGCUUAGCUCACCCCAUCAGGCUCAGCAUGGCCUUGGCCAGGGAUGGGAGGGGAAGUGGCAUCAGGAGCUGUGAGAAUCCUGCCCUUCCACCCCUGCUGGCCAAAGCCCCGGUGCUGAUGGAGUUUGGGGCAGGUUUAUUUUCAGGAGCUGGAGCUGAGUAGGUAAAGGCAGCAGGGUAUAUUUUUUUUUCCCUUCAACGUGUCAGAAAUGCAUCUUCAGCUGUGUGUCCAGUUUAGCAUUUCACGAGGUGUGUACAAGCACAGGGGAAUAUAUGGGCAGUGUUGUAAAAACGUGAACCAGCUGGUUAGUGUGUGCUGUGUAUACGUUUCUGUGUGUGAUUAUAGUGGCAUUCGUGUUGGAAUAGAUGAGGUUUGAACAAAAUGACCCUUCUGUCUACUCCUUUUCAUUUCACUGCUCUUUACUGUCAGCGUGCAGCCCUGUAGGAGGAAGAGGGGGCUGUGUGCAGGACAUGAACUCGUGCCUUCGCUGCGCGUCGGGACUGCUGGAAGUGGCAGCUUUGUUUCACGAGGUGCACAAUUUCCCCAGCUCGUGCAGGAUCCCCCCUCUGAGACAUGCAGGCCGUGUUUCUAAAUACUUGAAGUACCAUUUGUUGUGCAAUUAUUUGGCUUCACCCUUUUAUUAGCUGAGAGGGGAGAGGGAAGAAGAAUUGCACAUCUGGAUGAGCCAAGCCAACCCCCGCUCGAGCUCCUGCUGUUUCUUUCCUGGAAAGUUUUAGGAUCUGGUUUUAUUCCAGUUAUAUGAUGGACCUUACUAGAGUCACCUUUCUUAAGGUCUUACUUUGGUAUGGGCUUUUCAUUUAGUGCUUUCCUUUGGCUUCCUUAGCCCUCCCCUUACAUAUCCCUUUUUCAUCAUUCGCUUAUUAAAAAAAAACGCAACAGCUUCUUGUAAUUCUGAAUUCCCAGUCUGCCUCCCGGCCAUGGAGUUAAUGAUUCAGCCAGAGGUACCUCAGUCCCAUGCCUGAGAGGUGAACUGGGUUUCAGAGUUCCCACAUGACACCUACUGAUGGAACACUGACUUUUGCAGAGAGCGCACCUGGUAUUCGAUGCACAGAUCUUUGCUCAUUUUAAUCGUCAAAAUUAGGAGAACUAGACUGUGAAUCAGAGCUCUGCCUGCAAGCACGAGUACACUUUUGGUGUUAGAAAAAGUCUGUUUUUAACAAAAGCCUUGGAAGUUCCUGCUGAAGCUGCCUUAAUUUAAAAAUCAAAGUUUAUUUGUAAGACUCAUCUCUGAUUUUUUUGUUUUCAAGUUUGGAAAUAGUUUAUUUAUCCUCAUCUCACAAAGCUGUGAAGUAGAACCUGUAGCCAUGGUAAUAUUUAUUCUUGUUGCUGAAAGCAUGUUCAUGUGUUCUGUAUCAUGUUAUAUUCACGUGGUUUGUACCUCAAUGCAUUUGUUUUGUUUUUUUCUUUUAGAGCACAAAGCAAAACUGAAUCCCGGGAUUUCUGUGGUGUCCUUGGCCCAGCAUCUUUGGGCAGACAAACCUCAGCUCUAUGAGAGAGGUAAACUGGACUUGUCCACUGCAAUUCUUAAAUUCAUACUCUAAGGAGUAUUUAUGAUUUAUAAUAUUAUGUAUUUACAAUUUUAAGACAAAGAUACUGAACUUUAAAAAGUUCUGAGUAGAAGCAUCCUUCCAAACAUAUCAUUAACAUGAAGUUCAGAAAAAAAAACCUUGAUCUCUAUAAACACUCCAUCCUUCUUGAUAUUUUCUGUCUGAGGGCCUGGAGAGGGUUCUGUUUCCCAAUUCCAUGGCUGUAGUACUUUCUGUUAUGGAAGGGCACAGAGCCCUGGUUCAGUUUUGUUCUUUGUGCAUCAGAUAAUCACAAUGAAGCCUUUUUCCUUCCAUUUAUGGUGUGGAAAGUGUUUCUUGGUGUACUGCACUGCAUGUGAUAGCUGUCUCCAUGGUUGACAUUUGCACUUUAAUAAACUCAGAGAUGAAAAGAGA